AAGGGUCGGCGGGGGCAGUGCCGGGAGGUGCUGAGGGGGUUUGGGGAGCCGCUGUCACUGGCGCGGUGCCCGUAGAGCCUUUUGCCCCGCUAGACUAAGUCUAUUCAUAUAAUGGAUACACACAUCAGGGAAAUGGAGUUGUUGCUGGACAAUGAUCAAUAUUUGGAAGAAACUAGGGUGACAAAAUUGCAUCUGCAGGGUGAUCAUCUACCAUGGCAAGGUUCUGCUGUGCCUCAUCUAGGACCAGAUAAUGGAUUGCUGGGAACACAUAGCAGCAAGACACAAGAUGUGCUGGUUUCCACAGAAUUUGGAAAUACAGAACCUUCCAGCUUCUUCCCAAAGCCUCCAAAGCACAAAGGACCAUUAGUUAUUCAAAAACCAGGCAUCCUGGCCAAAACCUCAGCAGACUGGUUAAAGACAUAUGGAUUGAAAGCUAAAAAGCUAGACCUUUAUCAAGUUCUGGCUCCCAAUGCCUUCUCUCCUGUGGAAGAUUUUGUACCUAUUCUUAAAAAAACAGUAUCAUCAACUCUGCAUGAGAAAGUGAUGAUGCAGUUUGAGUGGUAUGAUGGAACUGUAAAAAAUAUCCAUGUUGACCUGCCAGUCUUGUACAACUAUCAGAAACUCCUUGCUAAAAUGGUAAGAAUCUAUGAGAAACGAAUUGACUGGCUUUCUGUGGCUAGCAGAAGAAUAUGGGGAAGUGUUUGUGAAAGAAGGGUGGUUAUACUUGUAGAUAUAUCAGUGACAAACUCUACCUACAUCUCUCAUAUCCAACAUUCUUUGCGACUUUUACUUGAGGAACAAAUGUCAGAUAAGGAUCACUUCAAUAUUAUAGGAUUUGGGAGUGACAUUGUGCCUUGGCAGCAGGAACUGCUUCCUUCCCAACCAGAAAACUUAGAAAAGGCUUGGAGGUGGGUGUUGAGCUUGGAGUGCAAGGGCAGUAGGAAUUUCAUGAGUGCACUCAGAAGAGCUGUGGAAGUUGACUUCAGAGACAAAGAUAAACACAAAUCCCAGGGACUCUACCUGCUGACCACUGGAAUACCUGAUCAGGAAACACACACAAUCAGUGCUUAUGUGGCUGAGGCUUGCACAGGUUUUGAUUUGCAGCUGCAUGUCUGUCUGUUCAGUGUGACAGAGGGCACUGGCUCCAGUGGGAUUAUUCCAGCCCGCUACGCCAGCCCAACAGACACUGCCAAUGCUUUCAAAGAAAUUGUACAGGCAGCUGGUGGGAGAUUUCACUGGUUUGGAGAAGCAGGUAUUUUUGAAAGUGAUGAUAUUACCAGUAUUGUAUCUGAAAUGGAAAAAGCAAAGAACUACUCCCAAAAGUGUGCAUUCCUAGUGGAGUCCUUAAAGCAACGCUCAGUCAAUCAGUCUGUGAAACCCCUCACACCAGAAGGACACUCAAAUGUGCUUGUGAGGAACAAGGGGAAAAAAAACCAGAAGGUGUCAUCUCCCAAACCCACAGCUGUUCUGAAGGAUAUUAAACACAACCAUGGUGCAGAGAAAAAUCCUCCUAUAAGAGUAGUGGCAUGGCGUCCUCCUAGUGCCAAAGCAGGAAUUCCAGCAGCACAAACAGUAAAAGAAUGGCUUCAGACUGAGAGUAAAGGAAAGCACAAACCCAGGAAGCAGGCAGAGCUUUCUGUGUCUGUAUUUUACACUGAAGAAGGAAGAAAUGUGGGUACAAUAUAUCAGCGGUACCCAAAGGCAGUGCGUGUAAGAAAAUCUCUUUGCUCUGUCACAUUGCCAGAGGAAGAGGAAAUCUGUUCAAGCAAAGAGUGGCUGACCAAGUACAGUAUUAAAAAGCUUAAACUGGAUUUGCCCAGACUGAUGCUUGGUUGUACCCACCAGAAGAAAAUUGUGGAGUGUCUGCACAAGAAAGUAUCAGCAAAAUACUGUUCUAUCUUCCCCAGUGCAGAAAUCAAUGGGGUUGUGAAACAUCUGCAGUUUCACCCUAAAGAACUGGAAAGCUACACAGAGCAGCUGGAGAAUGUGCUGCAGCGCUACCUCCAGAGAGUGCAGUGGCUGCUCUCAGGAAGUCGAAGAUUGUUUGGUACCAUUUUAGAAGCAAAUGUCUGUGUUUUGAUUGAUACAUCUGGUUCCAUGGGCCCAUAUUUGCCAUCUGUCACAAAAGAACUUACCUCCCUUAUCUGGGAACAGCUGAGAAAAAACAAAGUCAGGUUUAACCUGCUGAGAUUUGCAGAAAAUACAGAGAGUUGGAGAGAGUAUCUUGCAGAGGCAACUGAUGAAAGCUGCCAUGAUGCUGUGCAGUGGGCUUCCACAUGCCAUGCUCAUGGGAGCUCCUGCAUCCUUGCAGCUUUACAGAAGGCUCUCAGUUUCCAAGGUGUAGAGGCACUGUAUCUAUUGACUGAUGGAAAACCAGACACCAGCUGCAGUCUGAUUUUGAAAGAAAUUGAAAGGUUGAGAAAGAAACAAGAUAUUAUAAUCCACACCAUUUGUUUUAGCUGUGCAGACAGAGGAGCUGUUGAAUUCCUGAAGAAGCUUGCUUCCCAAACAGGAGGGCGCUUCCACUGCAGUUCUGCAGGUGAAGAUGGACAAUUAGCAGCACACAGAAUAUUGACAGAGGGGCUGGAUGAUGAAGAUAAUCCAGUUUUCCCUUACUUUGAAGGAGAUGAUUUAAAGAAACUUACUCAAGAAGUAGCAAAAGCCAGAAGUUUCUUAAAGCAGGCAAAAUCUUGGAGGUUAUUGCUUGAAAAUUGGAAGACAAACCAAAAAUCCAACUCUGGCUUUCAAAAAAGUGUUCAGGAUUAAAUUUUAGAUGAAGAAAAGAUGCUGAAGAGGUUUGGAAUCAUACCAUCAUAACCUGCUUCUUUUCAAAGUGUGCUCACACCUUCCAGCUUCAAGCAGAUUUAUUUUCUUUGUUGUCACAACUGCUGGCAAGACAAGAAGUUGUAGAUGAUAAGUGCUGCACUGACUCCACUUGCAGAUUUUGCAGGAUUCAAAGUAAAUCAAGCCCUGAACUCUACAAAGUUUAAAUAUAAUAC